GGAGCUCGCGAGAGGAGGAGAUCGGUCUCCAAUGGUGACAUGAUGUAGCCGCAGCAAAUGCUUCACUGCAUGUAAGAAAAACAAAUGCAUCCACGGAUUAAACAUACUAGUGCUAGCUAUCUUUACUUUGAUACCCAUGUGUGCAAGCUUGCAGAUCUACUACUGAGUGUAUUUUCUUUUUGAAGCGAACGUUACAUUGACGCAAACGUUACAUUUGCAGUCAGUCCAAUUUGGCUGUCACGGUCAACUAGCCAGCGAGCCCAGCUGCCUGAAUUGACAAUUAGCAAGACUCACGGUAACCAGAUAGGUCAGAUAUCUUCAAACAUUCAAGACAGCUGGCUAGCUAGCUAGCUAGCUCUCAUGGUUUCCAGCUGCUCGCUUGUAGUCUUUAUCAAAGGUGCUGUGACAGAUGGGAGGCGAAAAUCAACAUACCAUAAGCUAACCGUCUACAGUAACGACGAAAGACAGGCAGCAUUACCAGUACCAGGCUACAGUUGUUGAUCAAACUGCAAUGCCAAUGAAGAAAGAAGAAUCAAGACAAUAAUUUGCUUCUGCAGUAAAAGCAUCGUAGAAGGUCUUUUACGUCAAAUCUGUAUAUUUUGAAGAAAACCAAACUGGCAGAAAUGGACGAACAAAGUGUUGAGAGUAUCGCAGAGGUGUUUCGCUGUUUCAUCUGCAUGGAGAAGCUGAGGGAUGCGCGCCUCUGCCCCCACUGCUCCAAACUCUGCUGCUUCAGCUGCAUACGGCGCUGGCUGACGGAGCAGAGAGCCCAGUGCCCACACUGUCGGGCGCCUUUGCAGCUGCGAGAGCUGGUGAACUGCCGCUGGGCGGAGGAGGUGACCCAGCAGUUGGACACCCUGCAGCUCAGCAACCUCUCCAAACACGAGGAGAACGACAAGGACAAGUGUGAGAACCACCAUGAGAAGCUCAGUGUGUUCUGCUGGACCUGCAAGAAGUGCAUCUGCCACCAGUGUGCCCUGUGGGGAGGCAUGCACGGCGGCCACACCUUCAAGCCCCUGGCUGAGAUCUACGAGCAGCACGUGACCAAGGUGAACGAGGAAGUGGCCAAGCUGCGCCGCCGCCUCAUGGAGCUCAUCAGCCUGGUGCAGGAAGUGGAGAGGAACGUCGAGGCGGUGAGGGGGGCGAAGGACGAGCGCGUGAGAGAGAUCCGCAACGCCGUGGAGAUGAUGAUCGCCCGCCUGGACAACCAGCUCAAGAACAAACUCAUCACGCUCAUGGGUCAGAAGACCUCCCUCACCCAAGAGACUGAGCUGCUGGAGUCUCUCUUGCAGGAAGUGGAGCACCAGUUGCGCUCCUGCAGCAAGAGCGAGCUGAUCUCCAAGAGCCCAGAGAUCCUGCUCAUGUUUCAGCAAGUCCACCGCAAACCCAUGCAGUCCUUUGUGACCACACCAGUGCCCCCAGACUUCACCAGUGAGCUGGUUCCUGCCUAUGAUUCGAGCACUUUUGUUCUGGCAAACUUCAGCACCCUAAGACAGCGGGCGGACCCCGUGUACAGUCCUCCUCUGCAGAUUUCAGGACUCUGUUGGAGGCUCAAGGUUUACCCGGACGGCAAUGGUGUCGUACGUGGCAACUACUUAUCCGUUUUCCUGGAGCUGUCUGCUGGACUUCCGGAAACAUCCAAAUACGAGUACCGGGUGGAGAUGGUCCACCAGGCGUCUAGCGACCCCACCAAGAACAUCAUCCGGGAGUUUGCCUCGGACUUUGAGGUGGGCGAGUGCUGGGGCUACAACCGCUUCUUCCGCCUGGACCUGCUGGCCAGCGAGGGCUACCUCAACAUGCAGACGGACACCCUGGUCCUCAGGUACCAGGUGCGCUCCCCCACCUUCUUCCAGAAGUGCAGGGACCAGUACUGGUACAUCAGCCAGCUGGAGUCAGCCCAGACCAGCUCCAUCCAGCAGAUCAACAACCUCAAAGAGAGGCUGGCCAUCGAGCUGUUUCGCAGGCAGAAGUCUCGCGGCUCCUCCCCUCCCGACUCUCACCCGGGCCCCUCGGCCUCGGAGAGAGGCCAGCGCUCCGGGAAGAGCAGCCGGGCCGAGGACGGCAGCCCCACCUCCACCGUGGAGGCCAAGGAGGAAGAGGAGGAGGAGGAGGAGGAGGAAGAGCGGACCCAGCACGAUGACUCGAAUGACCUGUCUGACGGGGACCUGGAGGUGGACUGCCUGACCGGAGACGAGGAGGUGAACCCUCUGGAUGGCAGCAGCACCUCAGGCAGCUCCACGGCAACCAGCAACACGGAGGAGAACGACAUCGACGAGGAGACCAUGUCUGGGGAGAACGACGUGGAGUUCAGUGGGAACCUGGAGAUGGAGGAAGGAGAGCUGCUGGACGACGUGGCCGGAGCAACAGGAGGCUCCAACCCCAGCGGGCGCUCCCAGAGGCGUGGUGGUGGUGGUGGUGGAGGAGGAGGGCUGCCCUCGUCCCAGGGGGGCGGCAGCAGCCUGCUGGAAAUCGACCCGGUCAUCCUCAUCCAGCUGCUGGACCUGAAGGAGCGCAGCAGCGUGGAGUCCCUGUGGGGGCUGCAGCCCCGGCCCCCCGCCUCCCUGCUGCACAGCCAAGUCCAAGCCCACUCCAGGAAGGAGAGGGAGCGCCGGCCUCAGGCUGUGCGGAGGUCCACCCCCGACUCCGGGGUUCUGAUCCGCCUCAAGGCCCAGAUGGCGGAGGUCCGCAGCAAGAUGUCGGACGUCAAGUGUCAGCUGGAGGCGCGCGGCGCCGGGGAGGCCCGAGCCGGGCCCUUGGGGGCGGCGGGGGUGGAGCAGGGCCCCUCCCACCACAUGGACUCAGAGCUGGGAAGCUGCCGGAAGCCCACUGAGCUGGACCUUCUGGGGAAAGUCGCUGCUGGGGCUUCGAGGCCCUGUCGCUCUGGAGGGAAGAAGUCGCCCAAGCUGGAGGGGGCCGUGUCGAGCGGCACCCUGGUUCUGAGGAGGAACUUGGAGGGGGGGGAGAAGGAGCUGAGGGGAAGCGCGGCUGGAGAUUCAGCCAGCGAACACAGCCUCUGUCCACGGGACCCCUCUGUUGGAGCUGAAGGAGCCCUGAAGCCCUGCAGCGUGCACAGCUCCCCCCCCUCCCUCUGCAGCUCCUCAGACAAGCCCGGCAGCCCCAAGCAGGAGGAGCCUCACCCGUACGGGGCCGUGGGGCCCCACCUCUACAGCCUGGGGGGCCUCAACGGCCUCUCCACCUCGGCCUCCAAGACCCGCCGGCCCCAGCGACCCUUGGGGGCGGGCGUGCUGACGGACAGCUCCCUGGACUGUGACCUGGAGGACGCGGGCGAGAUCCUCCACCAGUCCCUGCUGUCCCUGACCGAGGGGCCCUCUUCACGCGCCGACGAAGGUCAUGUGGGCCAGAAGCCAGCCCUCCACCUGCUGCCGGGCAUGAGCAGCGACAGCGAGAUCGACUGCGACACGGAGAACGAGGACGAGGCGGUGGCCCUGGAGGCCGGGGACUGUCGCUACGACGCCAGCACCAUGCCCUGCCCAGGGGACCAGUUAAUCUGCGAAGACCUCAACUUCCUGUCGGGAGAGAACACCGAGAGGUGAUUCGUCCCCUCCAACAUGGCAACCCCCUCCACAGCCUUGUCUUGACCAAUCACAGCAAUAUGGUGUCACCAAUGCGCAGUGUACAUAGCUAAUACUACGAUACACAAGUGCACCUGUGUAGAUUUGCAUGUAUUCACACUAGGAACGGGCUAGCGUCGUAUCCCAUAAUGCCACACAACGAUACAACUAAUCGAGUGAGCACCAAGCGGACUGCAAAAAUUCAAAUAUAUUCGUACGCUUGAAGGAGUCUCAAAUCCCAUACUCUGUGUGUAUGUAAGUGUGACAUUUAAAGUUUGUUGUAGGAGCAGCGACGGCAGACAUUUGCCUGAUCUCCUUCUCUAUAAUUAAAGCUAUCCUUACUCCCGAGGCAAGCACACACAUGGCAUGCAACGAACAUCACCCCCGUCAGCAACUCCGUUCUCGGACUGGGCCUCGGGGCAGCUCGAGUGAGGCUUAGUGGGAACUACCCUUGGAAAGGCCUCCACCUCCUAAGCAGUCUGCAUGAACUCCCUUGCCUUCUUGAUUCAAUAAGGUGCUAUUGAUGUCUGUUUGGGGGGGGGCAGAGACUUGUGCCAGGGGCUGUAAUGCCUGCUCCCUCCUGGUAAAGUGUGUGGGCACACCUCUCAGCCCUCUGAAGAGCCCUGAAAGCUUCUAUUCUGGUCCGCCGCGUUCUUGUUCGCUUUGUUCGAAGCCAGACUGUUUGGUCAGAACGGGUAAAGCGAGCGAGUGAGAUAUCGGAGGGAAAAUGGCAUAAAGGGUCCAUUGGGGCUGCGGUUGCCCAGCCCCCCCCCCCACCCCUCUCUCUCACACACACACACACACACCCGAACCCCUUAACGUACAAUUUGCAAGGCUUGGUGCUAUUGCUGUUCUCUCUGGCUGACUCCAGUGAUCUACCUGCAGUUGAUAGCGGUGGUUGCAGUUUCGCAGUCCAAGAUUAUAACACCAGCAUGAUCUUCAGGCUGUUGAAGGAUUCAUAUCAUGUUAUUUUAACUGUCCAGAUGCAGAAGUUUGGCUUAUCUAAACUUGCUUAAAUCACCACACUUUGUGUACUAGCUUGUCUUGUAUUCCAUUGCAGCACAUGGUCAUUAUAAGGAUAUAUUUCUGUUUUUUUUUGUGCAUUUCGUUGCAGUGUGUGCGAGGUAGUUUAUUGGUCGUGUAGGCCAAGACUGGAGUUUUUCUUUGAGAUUUGUUAACCUCUUUAAGGACAUUGGGAAACAUGUAUACUCAGUAUGGACAAACUAAACACUGACUUAAAUACCAAUGUGUUCAUGGUCCAGUAGGUAAGAGUUUUAGAAUUUAAGAACUGAUCUAUUUAGAACCUUCGGCUCCAUUCCAUUUCGAUUCUGUUGAACAGCAUUUGUCUUUCAGCGUCUGAAAUUCUCUGAAUGACAAUGAGAUUAUCCAUCUGGGCCAUUAGUCCCCUUCAUCAAUGGGUCCCAUCUGAUAGUGAGGAUCGCACCAACAGAGGGGGCUAUUCCCACCUAGGAAUGUCACAUGGCGCGCUAUGAUAAUGUACCACUUGAUUCCAUUUCUAUAUGUUUCUACCUUUUUCUAUGUGACAUCCAGCCCCCACUGAGCCUCUAGGCUCCAGCAGAGGGAUGAGUGAUACGAUCCCCCCCCCCCCCCCCCCCCAUGUGCAGCCCAUCCUCUGGUGGGUCUGUGAACCACUAAGAUCGUUGGCCCCCCAUAUCCUGACCGUUGCUUGACACGCGUGACGCAACGGCGUCGGUAAACGCUCCAGACUUUCCCUCAUGUCAAUGAGCCACAUGCGCUGAGGUCAAAGGUCAUGAGAAAAACAAGUCUGGAGGAAGAAUGAUAGUUUACACUGUAAAUGUGUCGAUACACGGUAUGGGAAAUACGUAUUUGCCAAUGGGUCAAUAGCUUCACAUGGACGUGUCUGAGUAGAGCGUUCGGUGGUUCUGAAACGCUGCAUGCCUCCGAUGGUGUGACGGGAUGUGGUCGCCACAGUGACCCCUGCUCUGUCCUUGAAAGGAUGUCUGUGUAUAUAUGACUUGUACUCAUGUGUCUUAGUGUAUGCAUAUUUCUGUGUUCAGAAUGUCUGUUGACUAUGCACAUUUUCUGUUACUGCUGUGUGUGUGUAGAUGCGGGAAAGCACUGGAAGAGCAACCUAGAAGUCUGUAAAUGUUGGUUGUAGUUUUAAUAGAUUACGAUUUUGUUUUGGAUUGGGCAAAUGAGAUGCAGAGUGACUUUUAAUUGGUAUGUAUAUUUAGUAACAGCGAAUGUGGCACACAUAAAUAAACUAUUUUAUGGUUUCUUGGAACUGAA